AUGCUAAAAAAUCACACGAGUGAACACUUCCCCUUCCUCGGCAUCGGUGACAGUGACAGGCUCAGUGACUUCAGGUGCCGAACCACCUUCUACACAGCCCUCACCCGCCUGCUGAUGGUGGAUCUAGGCGAAGAUGAGAACGAAUUUGAGAAUUUCAUGCUGCCUCUUACAGUCUCUUUUGAAGCAGUGUUACAGAUAUUCAACAACAACUUUAAACAAGAAGACGUGAAGCGUAUGUUGAUCGGGCUGGCAAGAGAUCUUCGAGGGAUUGCCUUUGCACUGAACACAAAGACCAGCUACACCAUGCUGUUUGACUGGAUGUACCCAACAUAUCUUCCCAUUCUGCAGAAGGCUAUUGAGCAAUGGUAUGGAGAGCCAGCAUGUACCACUCCCAUCUUAAAGCUCUUGGCAGAACUGAUGCAAAACAGAUCCCAGCGUUUGAAUUUUGAUGUAUCAUCUCCUAAUGGAAUCCUUCUCUUCAGAGAAGCUAGUAAAAUGAUUUGCACUUAUGGUAAUCAGAUCCUGUCCCUCGGGAGCCUCUCAAAAGAUCAGAUUUAUCCAAUGAAACUCAAGGGCAUCUCCAUCUGCUAUUCGGCUCUCAAAUCUGCCUUGUGUGGAAAUUAUGUCAGCUUUGGCGUCUUCAAGUUGUAUGGGGACAACCAUUUUGACAACGUACUCCAGGCCUUUGUCAAAAUGCUGCUGUCAGUGUCCCACAGUGACUUGCUGCAAUAUCGGAAACUGAGCCAGUCUUACUACCCACUCCUGGAAUGCCUCACCCAGGACCACAUGAGCUUCAUCACCAACUUGGAGCCUCCUGUGCUCCUGUAUGUUCUCACCUCUAUCUCAGAGGGGCUCACUACUCUUGAUACCGUUGUCUCCUCCAGCUGCUGUACCAGCUUAGACUACAUCGUCUCCUACCUCUUCAAGCACAUAGCGAAGGAGGGCAAGAAGCCCCUCCGCUGCAGAGAGGCCACCCAGGCCGGCCAGAGGCUGUUACUUUUCGUGCAGCAGAACCCGGAUGUCCUGCAGCAGAUGAUGUCUGUCCUCAUGAACACCAUUGUCUUUGAGGACUGCCGGAACCAGUGGUCGGUCUCCAGGCCUCUCCUGGGCCUCAUCCUGCUCCAUGAGAAGCAUUUCGGUGAGCUGAGGGCAGGCCUGAUCAGCAGCCAGCCUCCUCCCAAGCAGGAGGCCCUGGCCCAGUGCUUCAGGAACCUGAUGGAAGGGGUGGAGCAGAACCUGUCCGUCAAGAACAGAGACAGGUUCACCCAGAACCUGUCCGUGUUCAGAAGAGACGUGGCGGAGGCCCUGCGCAGCGAUGGCAGCGCCGAUCUGGACAUGAUGAGCUGA